AUGGGAAAGAGUGAGAGUGACUUGAUUACAGAAAUGUCGAAACAACUCCAAUUGCUCAUAAUGGAAUUUGGAAGUGAAAUGACCAAAAAGGAUUUGGAAAUCAAAGAACUUAAGGAAAAGCUGAAAGUAUUUGAAGACAGAAUUGUUUUAUUAGAGACAAAGUCUUCUUUGAAUAAGAGUGAAGACGAUAAAAAGGAAAUUGGAAUAUCUUUGGAUGAAAGUUCAGCAAAAGAAAUCGCAACAGAAAAGUGGGCACCAGGAGAAGAAGUUGUCAACUUGACUGGGAAGAGUUGGACAUCAGUUGUAUACAAUCUCAACAAAAUUGAAAGAAAAUAUCAAAUGCAAGGAAAUACAUUUGUUAGCGACGGACUCUUUUUCACAAAAGUGAAUAUUGGAAUGAGAGAAGUCAUACAAUCCAGCGACUUCUGGAGAAUGAAAGAGCAUAUAAUGAUCAAACACAAAGAAGGAAAGGCAAUAUUCUUUAACACAUUGAAUUGGUAUUUUGAAGUGACUUUAAUUGGAAAAGAUGAAAAGAACCCAAUUACCGUUUCUAUGGGAGUAUCCAACAAAGUUAUAACAAGUACAUCACAUAUUGGAUGGGAAGAGGGAUGCAUAGGAAUGCAUAGUGAUGACGGAAGAAUAUUUUAUAUGAACGGAAGUGGAAACAAACUGACAACUCCCUUUACAGAUGGAGACACAAUGGGGUGUGGGUUUACAUACAAGACUCAAAAGAUAUUCUUCACAAGAAACGGGAAGUUUUUGGGGUUGAUGAAUUUUGUGUCUGGUCUUGUUCUUCCAGCAGUUUGUGUUGAGUACGCUGAAAGUGUGAAGAUCAACACGGGCAAAGAACCAUUUUUGUUUGAUGUGGGCUCUAUUGAGUAA